AUGGUUCAGUCAAUAUUUUCGCAGGAAUUUAGCCCUACUAUUUUGUCUAAGAAGCCUUCUAAUAGUGAAAGCCGUCCAGCAUUCUAUAUUCUGAUAACGUUAGUGGUAUACUUGAUUAUCGUAAAGAUUAGACAACAAAAGAAAAUGGUUUCACCAGCAACGGUCCAGCAAGUUCAGUCUUUAAUUAAGCAAAGCAAGAUUUUUGUUGCAUCUAAGACAUACUGUCCAUACUGCAGAAGAGCUAAGAAGACUCUUUUUGAGGACAAAAAGAUUCCAUUGCCAGAGGCGAAGGUUUUAGAGCUAGACAUCAUGGGACAAGAAGGUGUCGAUAUUCAGGCCGCCUUAUUGGAAUUAUCAGGACAAAGAACUGUUCCUAAUAUUUACAUUGGUGGGAAACAUAUUGGAGGCAACAGUGAGUUACAGGCAUUAGAAAGCUCUGGUGAAUUGGAUGGCUUAUUGAAGGAAGUUUUAAAUUGA